CCGCCGCCCCGGCGCAGAAGCUUCUGGAGCCUAGGGUUACCGCUCCGCUCCCAUGGCGCUCUCCGACUGCGCCGCGCCGAUGUUCCACGCUGCCAUCGCGCUGGUGGUCUACGCCGCCGCCGCCGCGGCGCACCGCAGGGGCUGGGGCAUCGUCGACUACCGGCCCCAGGCGGCCGUGGUGCUCCUCACCGGGCUGUGCGUUCAGAGAGCUUCCGUCCCCAAGCCCGGCCAGAGCAGAGGCCCCCAAGUCGGCGUCGCGGAGGCCGCUGCGGGGCGUGCUCCGAGGGAUGAAGCGGAAGCGUCGUCGUUCGUCUCGCCGCCCGUCAUCACCGUCUGCAUCAUCUGCCUCGUCCUCACUGCUUGCGUGGCCGCGGAGGUCGUGAGGAGGAGGAGGGGGAGGAUGCUGCCGCCACCGCCACCGCUGCAGAGUGUGCCUGCGAGGAGGUACACUGAUCGGAGGAGGGCAUAGCGUGUU